AUAUAUAAACAGCCGGGCAGCAGAACAUCAAGCAGACAAAGUGAAGCAGCAGAUCUGAAAGUCAGAACUCCAGACCUUCAACCAGCAGCAGGAUGUUGUGUCCCAGCGUCUUCCAGCCGUCCCCCAUCGCCAUGACGCCCUUCAUGGACCUGCACUGGCCCGUGCGCAGCCUGUGGCCCGAGACACGGCCGCUCUUCUACCACAUGGAGCAGGAGAUGAUUCGCCACAUGCAGGAGAUGAGGCAGAGCAUGGAGUUCAUGGAGAGGCUGCACCAGAAGAUCUUUGACGAGAUCGACCACACCUCCUCCAGCAAGAGCGUCUUCAUGCCCAUCGCCUUCCAGGACGUGGGCAGGGACGGCGGCAGCUUCGCCCUCAGCCUGGACACGAAGGAGUUCUCGCCGGAGGAGCUGUCCGUCAAACAGGUGGGCAGGAAGCUGAGGGUGAGCGGCAAGACGGAGAAGAAGCAGGAGAACGGGAAGGGCUCCUACUCCUACAGGUGUCAGGAGUUCAGGCAAGAGUUUGACCUUCCAGACGGCGUCGAGCCCGAGGCCGUCACCUGCUCCCUGGUGGCAGGACGACUGCAGAUCCAGGCGCCGCGAGAGACGCCGCUGACCGACGGGAAGGAGAGGGUCGUCCCCAUCAACGUCAACUCAGCCCCGGCCAUCACCUCCACCUCCUCCUGCAGCAGCAGCGGGGGGACAGAGGGGAGCAGCUCCUACUCCUCAGAGACCAGACCUGCUGAGAAGAACUGAUUCUACUGCGUCUUUGUUUCACUGAGAUUCACGUGAUGUUUUUAACGCCACACAAACUGAACUGAGAACACACAGUGAGUGAAACAUCUCAUCUAUUCACCCAUAUUUGCAAAGGGAACACGAAGCACUUUGAUUUUCAACUGUUUCUAAUAAACUUCCUGUUUUUGUGUGA